UAAAAUCUACUGUUGUUAAGAAAGUAGCGUGCAACGCUGUCUACGGCACAAUUAUUUUCAUUAUUAUUAAGUUCUGCGUAUUUAUGUAAAAAAGUAAACGAAAAAUGAAAAAGGUAGAAGAUUUUGGGUUUUCCUUUCAGCAAAUUUGACAGACCUUUCGAUAGUUAUUUUUUUAUUUACACAAACCCUUUUGGAAGACUCUAUCUCUUCUUGCUCUAUUUCAUUUUUUCUUUUCCGAUUCUACUGAGCUCUGAAAGGCUGUAACCGUUUGACUGAUAAGUUAUGUCUGGCCUUUACAAUCCCAACUUCUCUCCUGCAAGAGCUGCGUCUCCACAGAUUAGAAACACACCAGAUAUAGACAGUCACUACUUGCAAGAGCUGUUGGCGGAGCAUCAAAAGCUUGGGCCUUUCAUGCAGGUUCUUCCCAUCUGCAGCAGACUCUUGAAUCAAGAGAUCAUACGAGUUUCUGCAAUGAUGCCAAACCAAGGUUUCAAUGAACUUGAUGGAUCAAGACAUAGAAGUCCCAGUCCUAUGUCUUCUUCGAAUCUUUUAUCAAAUGUAGCUGGUUGGAAUGGACUUCCUCAAGAGAGACUGAGUGGGCCUCCUGGAAUGACAAUGGACUGGCAAGGGGCACCAGCAAGUCCUAGUUCAUUCACUGUGAAAAAGAUUUUGCGCCUAGAUAUUCCUGUAGAUAACUUUCCAAAUUUCAAUUUUGUUGGGCGACUGUUGGGCCCUAGAGGAAAUUCACUGAAAAGAGUCGAAGUCACAACAGGAUGCCGUGUAUAUAUUAGAGGAAAAGGUUCAAUAAAGGACCCAGACAAGGAAGAGAAGCACCGGGGACGACCAGGCUAUGAGCACCUGAACGAACCACUUCACAUCUUGAUUGAGGCUGAUUUACCUGCCAAUAUUGUUGACAUCAGACUGAGGCAAGCCCAGGAGAUUAUAGAAGAACUUCUCAAGCCUGUGGAUGAGACGCAGGAUUUUAUAAAGAGGCAGCAAUUACGUGAACUGGCCAUGCUAAAUUCAAGUUUCAGAGAAGACAGCCCUGGACCAAGUGGCAGCCCCUCAGUUUUCACUACUAGUGGAAUGAAACGUGCAAAAACAAAUUAAA